CUAAUUCGCAACUUCGCUUGAAAGUUAUUCAUAUCGAUUGAUUUGUCGUCACUAGUAAUUCGGUUUCGUCGCUGCCAAAGUCUGCUCGCAGACUGCGACGGAGCCUUUUUCUUUAGAAAAUAAUUAUUUUUAUUUAGUGGUGUGUUGUACAAACCGUGAAAGAUGGGGUCGUUGUUUAGGAGUGAAGAAAUGACAUUAUGUCAACUUUUCCUACAGAGCGAAGCCGCGUAUGCAUGCGUGUCUGAACUCGGGGAGUUGGGACUUGUACAGUUCCGUGAUCUUAACCCCGACGUAAAUGCCUUCCAACGCAAGUUUGUCAAUGAGGUCCGUCGGUGUGACGAGAUGGAGCGCAAGCUCCGGUACCUGGAGAAGGAGAUCCGUCGCGACGGGAUCCCCAUGCUGGAGAUCCCCGGCGAGUGCCCCGAGGCCCCACAGCCUAGGGAGAUGAUCGAUCUCGAGGCUACCUUCGAGAAGCUGGAGAACGAACUCCGCGAAGUGAACCAGAACGCCGAAGCCUUGAAGAGGAACUACCUCGAGCUCACAGAACUCAAACAUAUCCUAAGGAAAACACAAGUUUUCUUCGACGAGCGCUUGUACUGUGACGCUGAUUCUGGAGUCUACCGAUCACCACUCAGUUUCGUGGCUGGAGUGAUUCUCCGUGAGCGUAUCCCCGCUUUCGAGCGCAUGUUAUGGCGCGCCUGCAGGGGAAAUGUGUUCCUCCGACAGGCCGAGAUUGACACGCCGUUGGAAGAUCCCUCUUCUUCCGACCAGGUGUACAAGUCGGUGUUCAUCAUCUUCUUCCAAGGAGACCAGCUGAAGACCCGCGUGAAGAAAAUCUGCGAGGGUUUCCGCGCGACGCUGUACCCCUGCCCCGAGGCGCCCGCCGACAGGAGGGAGAUGGCCAUGGGAGUCAUGACCAGAAUCGAAGAUCUUAACACGGUAUUGGGUCAGACCCAGGACCACCGUCACCGCGUGUUGGUCGCCGCCGCUAAGAACAUCAAGAACUGGUUCGUGAAGGUGCGCAAGAUCAAGGCUAUCUACCACACGCUGAACCUGUUCAACUUGGAUGUCACGCAGAAGUGUCUCAUCGCUGAGUGCUGGGUGCCCGCGCUGGACCUGGAGACUAUACAGCUGGCUCUGAGGAGGGGAACGGAACGCAGCGGCAGCUCGGUGCCUCCGAUCUUGAACCGCAUGGAAACGCUCGAGGACCCGCCGACGUACAACCGUAACAACAAGUUCACGUCCGCCUUCCAGAACCUCAUCUACGCUUAUGGUGUGGCCACAUACAGAGAAGUCAACCCUGCGCCGUACACGAUAAUAACGUUCCCGUUCCUGUUCGCGGUGAUGUUCGGUGACCUCGGCCACGGCGCGCUCAUGGCCGCCUUCGGCUUCUGGAUGUGCUACAAGGAGAAGCCGCUGCAGGCCAAGAAGAUCGACAGCGAGAUCUGGAACAUCUUCUUCGGCGGUCGCUACAUCAUUCUGCUCAUGGGUCUGUUCUCAAUGUACACGGGCAUCAUCUACAACGACAUCUUCUCGAAGAGUCUGAACAUCUUCGGCUCCUCGUGGCGCACCAACUACAACGAGUCCACGCUGCAGUCCAACAAGCUGCUGCAGCUCAACCCUGACUCCGACGACUACCUGCAGACCCCAUACCCCUUCGGUAUCGAUCCUGUUUGGCAGCUGGCUGAAGCAAACAAGAUUAUCUUCAUGAACGCGUACAAGAUGAAGAUCUCCAUCAUCAUCGGCGUGUUCCACAUGUUGUUUGGUGUCUCUCUGUCACUCUGGAACCACAUUUACUUCAAGCGUCGCAUCAGCAUCUACGUGGAGUUCAUCCCUCAGAUCAUGUUCCUGACGCUGCUGUUCUUCUACAUGGUGCUGCUCAUGUUCAUCAAGUGGACCUCGUACGGACCCACGCCCGGCAGCUUCGGUAGCAACGACCCUGAGAUCGUGAAGACGAGUGCGUACUGCGCGCCCUCUAUCCUGAUCACGUUCAUCAACAUGAUGCUGUUCAAGCACGACGCCAACACGCGCCCCGUUUGUGACGACGUCAUGUACGCCGGACAGAUGGGUCUGCAGAAGUUCUUCGUGAUCGUGGCUCUGAUGUGCGUGCCGGUCAUGCUGUUCGGCAAACCCUACUUCAUCAUGAAGGAGCAGAAGCAGAGGGCUCGCCAAGGCCACGUGGCCGUGGAGGGCGCCGCGGAGAACGGGGCCGCGGCCGGGGCCGCCGCCGGGGCCGCCGCGCCCGCCCACGCGCAGCACGACGAGGACAUCACCGAGGUCUUCAUACACCAGGGCAUCCACACGAUCGAGUACGUGUUGGGCAGCGUGUCGCACACGGCGUCGUACCUGCGCCUGUGGGCGCUGUCGCUGGCGCACGCGCAGCUGGCAGAGGUCGCCUGGAACAUGCUGCUCAGGAAAGGUCUGAUGUCGACGGACUUCCAGGGCGGCAUCUUCCUGUACGUGGUGUUCGCGGGCUGGGCCGCCAUCUCCGUGUCCAUCCUCGUGCUCAUGGAGGGUCUGUCCGCCUUCCUGCACACGCUGCGUCUGCACUGGGUUGAGUUCCAGAGCAAGUUCUACGCCGGCGAGGGUUAUCUAUUCCAACCCUUCUCGUUCGAAGUCAUCCUCGACUCGGCAGGCCAGAGCGAAGAAUAAACUAAUCACAAAAACACUGUAUACUGUUUUAUCGCUAGAAAUAAUCAAACAAAAUAAUAAGAACGAAUAACAUCGGCAACUGUACUUUUAUCUGAAAACAUUAAUAUCAUAUGCGUAAUAAAUAGAGCAAUUUUCUCACGAAAAUAAAACGAAUUUAAAAUCGAUGAAGAAUUUCUGUUCGCCUUGUACAAGACCUGAGUAUAGCGAUGAAACAGUAUAUUCAUAGUGAAUUCUUAAGUAAUUAUGUACCCAAAUUAAUGUUUGUAGUCGAUGUUAAUGUCACAAUAUUAUAGUGACUGCAGCUUGAGACCAAAUAUUUACUGGUCUUUGAAUGUGCAAUCAUUCCAUGCUAUAAGUAAGAGUUCAAUAUAUACGAGUUUCCUGUAGCGCCCUAUGUAUCCAAUAAAUUAUAUAAUUAUAAAAAAAGUUAAUCCUGAGUAGGUAAUUAAAAGUAACGUGAAAGUCAAUCAGAUUUAUUUACUACAACAUCAAGGGUACAGAUUACAAAUAAAUCAUUUUCCUUUUGUAUUUUCAUAGUUAAUAAAGAUUUUUUAUUUAAUCCCAAGUUUUUGUAAGUUAUAAAAGUGUGAACGGCCACUCUUCGUGUUACCCAGUAUAAGAUCCAAUUGUUGUACUUAAAAUAUUUUAUAUGUCGAACUUUUUAUUCCGAGACUCAAUGAUACGAUUUUAAAUGUGAUUAAUGCAGUAUUGCGAUUUAAGUUACAAUUUUGAGUGAAUUACUGAUCAAUAUUUUUUAUGUGAACUCCCAAGUAAAGCAAUAGAUGUAAUCUGCAGUUGUAACAAUGUAAUUGUUAUCCGAAACGUAUAUUGUAUGUGUCAGACGCUCUCUGUAUUAUUACUGAUUGUCAUUCCAGUCAAUGUUUCAAGUUAGAACCUCGCUGAGUGUCACGUAGCAUGUAGAUUUACGGUGAUGAUUAAAGGUUUUAGUAGCAUUACA